AAAAAUUGAGUUUAGUGGGCAAUCUGGUUGACUCAGUGACGACCAAUUACAGAGGUUUAAGACUGCCAUAACAUGGGUCUCUUCUUCUCCUGUGCUCACUCACUUCGUCACUCUUUACUCAACUGCCACCACUUUUCAGGUUCAUCAGACAUUCACAAGUUCUCCGAAACCACCACAGCCAACACGAUCAGAGGGAGUCAGUUUUCCGUGAGAGAAAGCAUCGGCAGCAACUGCUCUACUCGUCCUCUUCCUUUUCCCGCUCGCCAAGUUCUGAAAUGGCCUGAGUUGAAAGUGUUCAGUUUUAAUGAGCUGAAAUCUGUCACAAGGAAUUUCAGCUCCGACAGAUUGGUCGGUGAAGGUGGAUUUGGCAGAGUUUACAAGGGAUGGUUGGAUAAGAACACCCUCACUCCCGCCAAACCAGGCUCUGGAGUGGUAGUUGCCAUCAAAAAGUUAAACCCGAAGGGUUUUCAAGGGUUUCGACAGUGGCAGUCAGCAGUGAAUUUUUUGGGAAGGCUUUCCCACCCCAACCUCGUCAAGUUAUUGGGCUACUGUUGGGACGAGGAUGAACUUCUUCUUGUCUACGAGUUCAUGCCCAAGGGAAGCUUGGAGAAUCAUCUCUUUCGAAGAAAUCCUAACAUAGAACCACUUUCUUGGAACACCCGGCUUAAAAUAGCUAUUGGUGCUGCUCGUGGACUUGCAUUCCUGCACAUGUCGGAAAAACAAAUUAUACACAGAGAUUUCAAGGCCUCAAAUAUACUCCUACAUGAUGUUAGUAACCUUUUUGUUAAUUGCUUUUAUUACGUUGUUUAUUAGUCUAUCUUUUCCACUAUUUUUAGAAAUGGAAGCUAAAACAUUUGUCGUGUCUUAUUGAGAUGAACACAGAUUUUAUAAUUUAGAU